AUGAAGAGUUGAAUGCUGUCAGAGACACAGGCUGAGAUGGUCGGGAAUUGUUCCCCGCUCGAGGCUUGUGUGGUUGUGCCGCUCGAAACAACAACACGCACAGGCUCAAGCAUUUAGGACUCUUUAGGGCAUGGAUGACACGCUGUGAAAUCACGAAGCUUUAGAUGAGUGGAGGGCAUAGGGAAGACAUUAGCCAAUGUUCUUGACCCCACCCAUAUUUUGGGGUCCUGGUUUUCCAGUUGAGUCACUGACCAGCCUGCGGCAAGAUGGUGUGCCAGAUGGUGCCCGACCCUAGAGGUUGGUUGGAAGUCCACUUCUUUGGCCUUGGUGGUGGUGACUUUUGCUUGAGCGUGCCUGAUGACAUUUUGGGCGGCGACUUGUUGCAAGCUGUGCGUGAUCAUCUCCCAAGAAAGCCGGGGGCAAUCCUGUCCUUGUUCUUCAAUGAUGCCAAGCUUUCGAUGUCCAAGACACUGAAGGAGCAAUGCAUGCAAGAGUCCCCGUCUGUGCACUAUGUGUAUUUGCAUCGGAAUGCGUUGGAUGCAUGGAAGCAGCUCAAUGGACUGCAAGUGGAAUCUGAGCAUGCCCUUGAUGGCAUGAUCCAAUUGGGCCUAGAAGGAGGGGUGAUCCAAAACCUGGAGCAGAUGAACUUUCCCAGCAGCCUUGAGGUUCUCACAUUUGGAGAGAACUUUGACCAGAGCCUCGAACGUGCACGGUUUCCAAGCGAUUUGCUGAGCCUAACCUUCCAACCUUUUUUCAACAGAAGCUUGGAAUGUGUGAAUUUCCCAAGUGGUCUGAAAAGCCUGACCUUUGGAUGGCUUUUCAACCAAAGCCUGGAGGGUGUUAGCCUUCCAAGCAGCCUGCAAUCCUUGACCUUUGGCGGAUUCUUCAACCAGAGUUUGGACAAUGUAAACCUGCCGAGUGGUUUACUGCAUCUUGCAUUUGGAGAGACCUUUGACAGGAGUUUGGACUCGACCAAACUCCCGAAAGGCCUUCGUAGCCUCACCUUCGGCAGGAGCUUUAAUCAGAGCUUGGAUCGCGCGGAUCUUCCAUGUGGUUUGCAGGACUUAUCUUUUGGGUUUCACUUCGACCAGGGCUUGGAGCAUGCAAAGUUUCCUCAAGGCUUGUUGAGCCUGACUUUUGGGAGUCGCUUCAAUCAAAGCUUGGAGCGAGUGAGACUUCCAGAGGGCUUGGAGACUUUGACAUUCGGUUGGCGGUUCAAUCAGAGCUUGGAGCUUGUGAACCUGCCUUGCAACCUACGGACCUUGACCUUUGGAGAGAAUUUCAAUGAAAGUCUGGAGAAGGUGCAAUUUCCAAUGAAUCUGCAAUCCCUCGUUUUUGGCGAGAGCUUUAAUCAAGAGAUGGAGAAUGUCAAGCUCCCGGAGUUGACCAGCUUGAAGUUUGGACGUGAUUUCAAUCAGAGCCUGGAAGGCAUAAAUCUUCCAAACAGCAUCCAGGCCCUGAUUUUUGGAAAAGACUUCAACCGAAGCUUGGAACAUGUGAAUCUUCCAAGCGCUCUCCAAACAUUAGUUUUUGGAAGAAGCUUUGACCAGAGUUUCGAGAAGGUCAAUUUGCCCACUGGCUUGCAGAACUUGGCCUUUGGUCUUGACUUCAAUCAGAAUCUAGAGAAAGUGAUGUUCCCAAGCACCUUGCACAGCCUGGCGUUUGGAAGUCGCUUCAAUCAUAGUUUAGAAAGUGUCAAGCUUCCCUGCAGCUUAAAAUGUUUGGCGUUCGAAAGCUUCAGCUUCUUCAAUCGUGCCUUGGAGCGGGCAACACUUCCCGAUGGCAUUGAAUCGCUGACGUUUGGAGGGUAUUUCAACCAGAGUUUGGGGCGAGUGAGCCUGCCAAGCAGCCCAAAGAGCUCUCCCACAAGCACUGGAAAUGAUCGUGUGGAUUUGCCAAGCGGCUUGCGAUCCUUGACCUUUGGUGAGUUCUUCGACCAGAGUUUGGAUAAUGUAAAUCUACCCAGCAGCCUUCAGGCGUUGACUUUUGGAAGUGCCUUCAACCAAAGCUUGGAGAAUGUGAACUUACCAAGGGCUCUCCAGAGCAUGGUCUUUGGAAACAGCUUCAAUCAAAGCCUGAACCAUGUAAAUCUUCCAGAUGGCCUGGAACACUUGGCCUUCGGCAGUGACUUCAAUCACAGCUUGGAGAACGUGCUCCCAUCCUCUUUGGUAAGCCUUUCUUUGGGAAGCCGCUUUAACCAGAGCUUCGAGAACAUCCACUUGCCCAACCUGCUGUGGUUGGACUGUGGUGGUGUACUGGUGAGCUUUAUGUAGUCUUCAGAUGGAGGCUUUAUUCAUAUUCAUACUUGCUUUUUCCCUGGCUUGCUCAGUGUCAGGCUCAAGGCUUCUGGCAGAUUGGCCAGCCAGUCCUUGCAGGAAGGAAGCUCUGUCCCCUUGUAAAAGGAUGCAUAUCUAUCACUUGCUUUUAUAUAGUGAAUAUGGUGCUCUUUAUGCCUGCCUGCAGCCUGGAAUGCCAAGCAGAAGGACGGCGGGUCAAUCGAUCCGCCAGAUUGUGUCCUUCCUUCGCUUUUGUGGCAUUUUUGCCCUGACCUCCUCGCGCUUUGACGAGCCUCUUACCAUCGUAAGAGGCUUCGGAGGUCCCAUGAGAGCUUGGAAGAUUGGAAAGACCGUCCGCCGAAGGGAUGUUGUUUUAUAUUGUUUUUGU